ACCUGAAGUGAGUGGUGGGUGCUUUCUGGGGGCUGAAACAAUGAUGUCACGGCAUUUGAAGUUCCUUUCUGAACUGUGCACACUCUUAAUGAUUUCAGAGAAUUGACCAGGCUUAGUAGCACAGAAACUUGGUGUGGAUUUUAACACAGGAAAUGACAAGAGGCAAAGUACUAUUGUGCUUUAUCGUUCUACUUGGCGCCUCUGGUGCAGACACAGGCCCCAGUCAAGCAGAAUGUGGCCAUUGUUACAAGAUUGAUCCUGGGACAAUGGCAGGCAUUAUUAUUGGAGACAUUUUCAUCACAAUCCUCAUUGUCAUCUCUGUGUAUUAUUGUGCUAGUCAACGGAAGGCCAGAAUGUUACGAGAUGAAAAGGUGUACAUGAACAUGCCAAACAGGGAUAAGUGGCCCAAUAUGAAAGCAUGAAGUUAUUCAUCAUUUGACACACCUUAGCAGAUUAAAACAAAGAAGAAAGGGUGAAAAAAGACAGAACUAAGCAUUUGUUUUUUUAUGUUAUUGUCAUCCUGUUAUAAAAUUCAUGUGAGUCACACUUGCAUGAUUUGUUUUUUCCUUUUAAACAGUGGUUAAAUUGGAAAGCUCAGAACUUUAUCAUGGCACAUACACUUCCCAACAUGUGAAGCUGAAGGGCAGCACAUGUUCACCUAAAGAAGCCCCUAACCUCCCCAUGGACAAAUCAUUUCAACCGAUUCAGCUUUCAAAAUGUCACUCUGUAGGCACCUUGGGGUCCCAUCUGCGGAUAGUUCUGAUGCUUCCAGUCACCCUGGACAUAUAAAUAAAUUCAGACACGGAUGGAUACGGUUAUUUUCUAAGAGUAAUAUUUUUUUUAAUGUUUGUCUUGUUGUAUGUGUAUUUUUUAGAAAUGUUUUAUCUUGUUAACCUUCUGUGCAUUUUUAAAAAUAAACUUACCAAAGUAUCUCUUCAGAGCAAUGUCAUAGGGAAGCAAUUUUCAUUUCUCAAAAGAACCAUCAAUAAGAAGUUCCAGAAAAGAACACUUAUUUAUUUAGAUUCAUCACAAAUUCCAUAAAUAACCAUGAACAGAUGGCAAGAUAUUUGUGAAAUACCAACUGUUUUGUGUUUUUAUUAAGGCUCUCUCUGCAAAUGAUCACACAGGCUAAGUAAGUUCAGGUCCUCUUGAUCUGUUGUAUCCUGCAAGAUAGCCUACUGUACAUUAGACGUUCCUCUUUCGUCUUCAGAUUAGGAACCUUUUCAAGAAAAGAACCAAAUUCACAUGCAGAGAACACUUGCCAAAAUAAAAUGUAUUCUUUGUCAAGCAAUGGUGCUACAAGGAACCAUAUAAACCCAGGAUAGUGCCGUUAGAGAACCAUUAUUUUUAAGAGUGCAUAGAAAACAAUUUAAUAGUGGAUAAAUGGAUGAGGGUUUGCUUUUACUUUACAAAAAAAAAUCAAGUGUAAAUUGAGAUGAACUGUGCGUUAUAUUCUUCAUGAAAUUGUCAUUAUUUAUGAUUAAUAAAUAAACUGUCUGACCCACUUGUAAGGAUAGCCAUCCAUCCAUUAUCCUAACCACAGGAUCACGGGGGUCUGCUGGAGCCAAUCCCAGCCAACAUAGGGAUCAA